AGUUCCGGUUUAUAGUUAGUUUUUCAUUAUGUCAAGUUUCACUUUCACUUUGUUUUUGGUAUUAUAUUCUCUUCUUUUAUUAGUGAACAGCAGCCAGGUUAAAGAAUUCAAAGUUUAUCUUAAAAAAUUUAACAAAAAGAGCAUUUCAGAAACACCAGUGUUCCACAAAAAAUAUCAAAACUAUAAGACCAACUUAGAAUUCCAAAGAUUCCUAAAUGGAACUCACAAACUUUUAAGUGCUUACUAUGGACCUACACAAUUUUCUGAUCUUUCACCUGAAGAAUUUAAAGAUCAGUAUUUAUCAGAUUUGAAAGUGUCAAGAAAGGCCAAUGAUGAAAACCAGCAUCAUACUCCAAGUAAAUUCUUCAGAGAAUUGGAUAUUCCAAAAAGAGUUGAUUGGAGGAAUUUUAGCAAUAUAAACUUUGUGACUCCGGUAAAGAAUCAGAAGAAAUGUGGAGGAUGUUGGGCAUUCAGUGCAACAGAAACUAUAGAAAGUAUGAAAGCUAUACAGACAGGAUUACCUCCCCCUAGACUGAGCGUACAGGAAGUUAUUGAUUGUGCCACAUAUAAUGAUGGAUGUAGCGGUGGUGAUCCUUAUCGAGCAGUAAAGUGGCUUAAAGAUACACAGUCUCCACUUACAACAGAGAAAAAAUACCCACUGACAGACACAUCUGAUUCCUGUCGUAUUAUAGUCAAUAACAGUGAUGGAGUUAUAGUCAAGUCAGGUAACUUUCAAAGACUAGUUGGGAGGGAAGAUAAAAUUUUACAGUUAUUGAAUACUUCCCCAGUUAGUGUGGCUGUAGAUGCCACUACAUGGAACAACUACUUAGGUGGCAUAAUACAGUAUCAUUGUGAAGCACAUAUCAACCAUGCAGUACAAAUAGUAGGAUAUGAUAUCUCAGGUGAUGUACCAUAUUAUAUUGUUAGAAAUUCCUGGGGAACAGACUAUGGUAAUAAAGGCUAUCUGUACAUUAAGAUUGGUGAAAAUUUGUGUGGUAUUGCUGAAGAGGUAACUACAGUAACUAUUCAAUGAGAAUGUGUGAAGUAAAAGGAAACAUUGGUGCUACAUCUAUUUAUUUUUUUUGUCUUUUUUGUUAGAGCUCCUUAGCAUCUAUUUAUGCUAUUGUCAUCUUGACCUUUAUUUGAUUCUUUGUAAUCAUUAAACACUACACACAGUCAACCAUCAUUUUUGGAAUAUAACCAUACUAACUUACUCAUUUGAUUAAAAAUGUCCAAUUAGGAACGAAAGCUAAUGUCAUAUUAUCUCCCCUUUUUAUAGUUGAUAUUUAAUCUGUAUGUUAUUAAUAUAUAUGAAGUUGACAAUUUUUGCUCA